AUGGGUUAUAAUAACGAUCAUUAUAACUAUCAAGUUGCCGUCAUAUUCGCCAUUCUCGUUGGAGCACUGUUGUUGCUUGGCUUAGUCCUUGGAGGAUUAUAUGUUUGUACGAAAUCUAUGAGAGAAGAGGAUAAGGAGAAGAAGCGAUACAUUUCCAGUCGAAACUCAGGACAAUGGCCUGCACAAGCUCCAUCAUACAGGCCAGCUUCAUCUCAAAUGUAUCAACCACCUCAACAGCAGCAACAAUCUAAUCAAAACUUCGAGUUUGCACCGAGAUCUCCAAUGGUUGCUCCAUCGCCAAUCUCCAUGAAUCAAACAUACAAUCCUGAUCCAUAUCGUCAACAGCCUAAUCCUCAAUACUCACAGCCACCACUUGUUACUCCUGUCAGCCAAGAUUACAUUAAUGCUAAUCGUAUGCAGCAAGUUCAACCAGAUGUUAUCUAUACCCAGGGACCAGCUGGCUAUAUCCGAUCAACGCCCGUCGAAUAUACACAAACGUUCCAUGAAUCGACCAUAUAA